AUGGGCAACGUCGUGGGCCUGACGGCGGUCCCGGCCGCGGACUCGAACCCGCCAAGCUACUCGGCGACGCUCAUCGAGGCCAUCACGCCCUUUGACAAUCUCUCGAUCGAAGAGAUUGAGGCGUACUGGCGCAGCUUCUACGAGCACGCCCACGGCUUUGCGCUCUCCAAGCACGACUUUGGCGCGAUCUGCAUCGACGUGGCUGUGCACCUCGGUCACUCGCCCGUCCAGAUUGCGCAGAAAGCUGACGUGCUCUUCGACGUGCUUACGCUCGACUCGCCGUUCAAGCUCCUUGAUGCACUUGAGUUCCUAGCGAGCAUCAUCUUCAUCUCGACGGCGCCGAUCCAAGACAAGGUCGAGCUCGUCUUUGAUAGCUGGGACAUGUCGGAAGACGGCGCGCUCGACAUUGACGAGUUUACCAUUUCCCUCAAGUCGACGCUCAUGGGGCUCGGCAAGAUUGUCGUCUCCAAGGCCAACGACAAGACCGUCGACUUGCUGGAGGACGAUGAAGUUCGGCGCAUUGCCGAGAUGACGUUCCGCGAUAUGCUGCACAUUCCGCCGUCGACCAUGAUCCAGUCGACGAUGGUCAUCACAUGCGACGUCUUUCGGAGCUACUGUUUGACCAACAACGACGCGCGCAGCCUCUUUGAUGUCUUUGACGGCGCCACACGGCACAUGGACCCCGAAGCCGCCAUUGAAAAAGCGAGCGACGCUGACCACGGAGACGAGUUUAUGGCCGUCAAGCCGUGGGAAGGCGCCAUCAUUCCGCCGACAAAUCCGCCGCCCAUCGACUCGAGCGCCCCGACAGUCGACCUCUCACUCGAGUGGAUCUUUGGCUACUCAGCCCAGGACGCCUACGCGCGCAACAACGUCCGAUACCUCAAGAGCGGCGACAUUGCGUACCCGGCGGCGAGCGUCGUCGUGCUGCUCGAGAAGGCAGGGCCUCGCCAGCAGCACAUCAUUGCGCACACGGACGACAUCUUGUCCUUUGCCUUGCACCCGAAUCGCUCGAUUGGGGCGACGGGCGAGACGGGGAAGACACCGAAGCUCAUUGUGUGGGACGCGGCCUCGGUCAGCGUGCUCUCGACCCACCGCGGGUAUCACAAGCGAGGGAUCAUCCAGCUCGCGUUCUCGUCCUCUGGGAACCACCUCGCUUCGCUGGGGGCAGACGACGACCACAGUUUGGGCGUCUACUCGACCACCGACCAGUGGAAGUCGGGAGCGUUGACGUGGUUUUCCAAGGGCAACAAGGCCGCGCCGCUCGACGUCUCGUGGCACCCGAUCAAUGACUUCGUCUUUGCGAGCGUUGGCGUCAAAUACCUCGAAGUCUGGACCUGCAACGUAUCGCCCAAGACCGUCGCCAAGGCCAAAGGGAUCUUUGGAAAGACCGGCACGGUCCAGGGCAUUCUGGCCGCCGUGUGGCUCAACACUGACAGCGGGUACCUUCUCGUGACGGGAACGCAAGAUGGCUCGCUGUACAUCUUUCAGCCGCCCGAGCUCCAGACGGUGAUUCCUAAAGCCCAUGCAGGCCCGGUUCAGAGCCUGUACUUGCUGGACAAGACUCUCGUGAGUGGCGGCAAGGACGGCGUUGUACGCAUCUGGGCACCGGACAAAGCAGGGUCUCUCACAAGCACGCAGUCCUUCGACAUCAAGGCCCUUGCCAGUCGCGCUGGUAGCAUUCAGAGUGUCUGUCUCUCCAACGACCUCACGACUGUUCUCCUUGGAACCCAAGCUUCGGACAUUUUUGAAAUCAACUUGAAGACCAAAGCCAUUUCACCUGCGCUCCUGUCGGGGCACCACGCUGAUGAGCUCUGGGGCUUGGCCGCCCACCCGACGCGGCAAGAGUGCGCAACUGUCGGUGACGAUCAGUUCUUGUGCGUGUGGGACUUGGUCAAGAAGAAGCAACUUCGACGGCUCAAGCUCGACUGCCUCGCGCGCGCCGUCGCGUACUCGCCGGACGGCAAGUACAUUGCCGUUGGUCUCGGCGGGCAGCUGCCGGGGCGAGAGAAGGUCAACAAACACCCGAAGAACGGCGCUGUUCUCGUCGUCUACGAGGGCGAUCUGACCAAGGUCGUCGAGCGCAACGACGCGAAAAAGUGGAUCUCGGACAUUACGUACUCGCCGUGCGGCAAGUACCUCGCGCUUGGGAGCCACGACAAUAGCAUCGUGCUGUACGACGCACUCAACCAGUACACCAAGAAGCACGCGUUCAAGAAGCACAGCAGCUUUAUCACGCGCAUCGACUUCUCCGCCGAUAGCUCCUACUACCAGAGCACGUCCGGCGCCUACGAGCUCCUCUUUGCCGACGCCAAGACGGGCAAGCAAGUCACGCGUGCAUCAGCGCUCAAGGAUGAGCAGUGGAGCUCCUGGACUUGUCCGCUGGGCUGGCCCGUUCAAGGCAUUUGGCCACCGGACAGCGACGGGUCGGACGUCAACGGUGUUGCGCGGUCGCAUGCCGGUACGCUUCUAGCAACGGGCGAUGACUUUGGCAAGGUCAAGCUCUUUCGGUAUCCGUGCGCCAAGAAGCAUGCCGGCUUUGCGACGCUCAACGGCCACUCUUCGCACGUGACCAACGUGGCGUGGUCGACCAGCGACGAGUACUUGCUCUCGACGGGCGGCGGCGACCGCUGCCUCUUUCUUUGGAAACACGACGUGCAGAAAAUCAAGGGCUCGAGAGCAUCCACCUCGCCUGUGCGGUCGCCCAUCAAGGGCCACGAAGACGACGUCGAUAUGGACCUCGUCCGCGGCUCGGAAGGCGACGAGUUCAUGGCGGUCAAGCCCUGGAUCGGCGCCAUCGUGCCGCCCUCUAAGCUACCAGUGGUCGACAACACGCAGCCGCCGUCGACGACGUUGCAACUUGCCCACGCCUAUGGCUACCAAGCGCAGGCGGCGUCCAACAACGUUCGUUUUCUCUCCAACGGUCGGAUCGUGUACCACGUCGCCGCCCUCGGCGUUGUCUACGACAGCUCGACCAACACGCAGACCUUCUUCGAGGGGCACGACGAUGACAUUGUGUGUCUCGCGCUCCACCCCAAUGGCAGCUGCGUCGCAACCGGUCAAAUGGGCAAACCGCCGACGAUCCAUGUGUGGGAGCUCACGAGCGCCAAGGCGGAAAAGGCCACCGAAAAGUGCAUCAGCCUCGCCUCUCUCAAAGGCUUUCACAAGCGCGCUGUACCGGCACUGGCAUUUUCGACGGACGGAUCCAAACUGUGCUCGAUCGGGAACGACGACGACCAUAGCUUGGCUAUCUACAAGUGGAAAGAAGGGGUCAUCGUGGCGUCGGGCAAAGGCGAGCGCAACAAGGUGGUUGGUGUGCUGCACCACCCAGGCACGAACGAGUGGGUCUCGUUUGGAGACAAGCACCUCACACACUGGACCGAGCAAGGCCGCAACAUCACGGGCAAGAAGGCGAUUUUGGGCAAGCACGGUACCCCGCAGCUCUUCCACUGUGCGUGCAUGAUCCCAAAUGCAACGGGGACCAACUCGGCCCCGACGCGCACUGUCGUCGGCACACAGGGGGGUGACAUCUACUGCUUUGAGAACAAACAUCUAAUCAAGGUCCUGUCUGGGCACAAGGGCCCCGUGUUUGCCGUCGCAGUCUCCCCCUCCAAGCCCGAGUGGGUCAGCGGUGCCAAGGACGGCAAAGUCAUCAUAUGGGACGUGCACUUGGCGCAAAUCUCGUCGUUCGAAGUGGCGCCGCCGCUGACCAAGCUCUUCAACCUCUCGACCGAGACGGCCAAGCUCAUGCAAGCCAGCUUUGGCGUGCGCAGCGUGUGCUUCAACAGCACCAACACGCGCCUCCUCCUCGGCACGUACGGCAGCGACAUUGUGCAGUUUGACCGCACGGGCGCCAAGGCCACGGUGGUGACGCAAGGCCACUAUCAAGACGAAUUGUGGGGUCUCGCGGUUCACCCGGACAUGACCAAGCACGAGUUUUGCACCGUCGGCGACGACAAGACGCUGCGGGUGUGGGACGCUGUGCACAAAAUGCAGCUCCGCGUCAAGGCCUUUGAGUGCAUCGCGCGCUCGUGCGCGUACUCGAAUGCGGCGCCCUACUGGAUCGCUGUCGGUCUCGGCGGACGCAUCGAGGCUGGUCGCAAGCACCCCAAGUACGGCACACUAAUUGUCGUCAAAGACGACGAGACGUUCGCCAUGGUCUUUGAAGAUAAGCCGUCGAAAGAGUGGCUCUCGGAGAUCAAGUUUUCGCCCAACAACACGAUGAUAGCCGUCGGGUCGCACGACACGAGCAUCUAUCUCUACGCGAUCAAGGGCAGCUCGAUCGUCAAGACGGGCGUCUUCCGCAAGCAUACGAGCUACAUCACACACUUUGACUUUUCCAGCGACUCGAAAUACCUCCAGAGCAACUGCGGCGCGUACGAGCUCCUCUUUUCGGAUCCGUCCAGCGCCAAGCACUUGACGUCGGCCAAGAGUCUGCGUGACGUCGCGUGGGAGACGUGGACGUGCACACUCGGGUGGCCUGUCCAAGGCAUUUGGCCGCCGUGUGCCGACGGCACCGACAUCAACGCCGUCCAUCGGUCGUCCAACAUGCAGCUUUUGGCGACAGGCGACGACUUUGGCAAGGUCAAGCUCUUUCGAUAUCCGUGCGUCGCCAAGCACAGCGUCGCCUACGCGUACUCUGGCCACUCGUCGCACGUGACGAGCGUCCGCUGGCUGCACAACGAUACGCAUGUCGUGAGCACUGGCGGCCUCGAUCGGUCGAUAUUGCAGUGGCACCACGAGACGGGCGCCGAAGAAGACACCGCGAUCGACGUCGGCAAGACGUCCCCGUCCAAAGCCUCGCUUGCGACCGCCUUGUCCAACGCCGGUGCCACCGAGGGCGACGACGAAGACGACCUUGGGCUCCCCAAGACCUCAGUGCCAGUCGCGUUUCCCGCCGAAGGGGGCGGCGACGAGUUUAUGGCUGUCAAGCCGUGGAUCGGCGCUAUCUGUGCGCCGAGCAACCCGCCCAAAGAGAACCCACGCGCCCCCGACAUCCAACUACGGCUCGAGUGGGUCUAUGGCUACCAAGCCGACUUGGCGCGCAACAACUUGCGCUACAAUGCCGACGGACAGAUCGUGUACCAUGCCGCAGCCGUUGGCAUCAUCUACGAUCGUCCGACCAACACGCAAAAGCACCAUGUGGGCCACAACGAUGACAUCCUGAGCCUCGCCAUCUCGUCCUCCGGGCGGUUCGUUGCGUCGGGCGAGCGCGGCAAAAAGCCCAGCAUUCGCGUCUGGGAUGCGCGCUCCGGUGCGCUCUUGAGCGAGCUCAAGGGCUUCCACGCCCGCGGCGUCCUUAGCCUCGCGUUCGCACUCGACGAGAAGACGCUUGCGAGCGUCGGCGACGACGACGACCACAGUCUCGCGAUUUGGGAGGACAAGGGCGGCGCGUGGAGCAAAGGAGUUCUCCAAACCUCGACGCGCGGCGACAAGGCGCUCAACGUCUUUGCGCUGGCUGACGCACGCCACGGCCGCUUUGUCACGGGGGGUGUCAAGCACGUUUUGUUUUGGACCGUCCAGGGCAAGACCGCGAGCUGCACCAAGGGCCAGUUUGGGAAGCUCGCGACGAUUCAAACUCUCUGGUGCGCGUGCAGCUUCAAGGACGACGCGACGCUGACGGGCGCGGACAACGGCGACAUGUACCAAUGGUGCGGCAACACCGUCACCAAGAGCGUCAAGGCCCACGACGGCGCGCUCACAGCACUCUACUCGACGUCCAAGCUCGACACCGUCGUCUCGGGUGGGAAGGACGGCAAGGUCUGCGUGUGGAACUCGUCGCUCCAGCAGACGAGCUCGUUCGUGCUCGAGAGCUUGUACCCGGUCUGCGGGCUUCGAGGCAAGACCGUGCGCAGCGUGUGCAUGGACGCAAGCCAAACCAAGAUCCUUCUUGGCACGUGGGGCAGCGAUAUCUUUGAGAUCGACGUGAGCAACGCGACGCUCGUGCUCGGGAAGCCCGUGACCGGCGGCCACUGUAAAGACGAGCUCUGGGGUCUCGCGGUGCACCCGAUCGAGCCCCACACCGUCUGCACCGUGGGCGACGACGCGGUCGCGCGCGUCUACAACUUGAAGCUCAAGACGUCGUGGGUGCUCAUGGAGCUCGACGACAUGGCGCGCGCCGUCGCCUACUCGCCCGACGGCCUGCUGCUUGCGAUCGGAUACGGCGGCGACCUUGGCCGCGGCAAGACCAAAGGCAACAAGCACGGCAUGAUUGGUUUCUACGAAGCGUCGACAACGACGGUCGUGCUGGAAGAUCGCCCGUCCAAAGCGGCGAUCAGCGAGGUCAAGUUUGCAGCGUCCGGGGCUAUCGCGGCGUUUGGGUCGCACGACGACAAGAUCUACAUUUACAGCAUCCAGGGCACUGGCGCGAGUGCGAGCAUCGUCAAGAAGCAGGUGUUUGCCAAGCACAUGAGCUACAUUACGCACUUUGAUUUUUCCCGCGACGGCAAGUACCUCCAGUCCAACUGCGGCGCGUACGAGCUUCUCUUUUGCGAAGUCGAGUCGGGCAAGCAGAUGCGGUCCGCCAAAGCGCUCAAGGAUGUCAUCUGGGACUCGUGGACGUGCACCCUCGGGUGGCCCGUCCAGGGCAUUUGGCCCGAGUGCGCUGACGGCACCGACAUCAACAGCGUCUGCGCGUCCAAGUCGCGCGCCUUCAUUGCCACAGGCGACGACUUUUCCAAACUCAAAGUGUUUCGGUACCCAUGCUUGACCAAAGGCGCCAAGUGGGUCCAAGGCGACGGCCACUGCUCGCACAUCACCUGCGUGCGCUUUACGUGCGAUGACAAGUACAUUGUGUCGGCCGGCGGGAACGACCGCGCCGUGCUGCAGUGGAAGCUGCUGGACCCGUAAGAAGAAGCGUCUAUGAGAGUAUAUUACGGUGGCGAUUAUGACAUUGAUGGGGC